UCCGUGCUCAACCAAGCACAGCCAUGCCCGGGCCGAGACUGGCCCCACUGCUCGGCUCUCCCACACUGCUGCAGCUGCUGCUGUUCUCCUGGCUGCCUUCGGGAGGCGCCCCAUCUCCCGCCCAGGAGCACCUCCGGGCCUUCCCAGGACCCUCAGAGAUACACUCCAGUCCGGACGUUUCCAGAUUCCGGGAGCUGCGGAAACGCUAUGAAGACCUGCAGACCAGGCUGUGGCUCACCCAGAGUUGGGAAGACUCGAACCCGGACCUCAUUCUCACAGCUCAAGUCCGCAUACUCGCCCCAAAGCUGCGACUUGGGCCGGGGGACCACGUACACCUGCGCAUCCCCUGGGCCAACAUGACUGAAGGGCUCCCAGCGGCCUCCCGCCUGCAUCGGGCUCUGCUCAGGUUGUCCCCGACGGACCUGAGUUCGUGGGACGUGACGCGGCCUCUGCAGCGUCAGCUCAGCCACGGAGGUUCCAGGGCGCCCGCUCUGCGUCUGCGGCUGUUGCCCCCGUCCGACCGGUGGCGAACUGCGUUGCCUUCUGCGCGGCCCCAGCUUGAACUGCACUGGCGGACCCGCGCCGUCAGAGGGAGCCGCAGUGCGCAUGCGCGCUCCAGGGACGGUUGCCCUCUUGGGGAGGGGCGUUGCUGCCGCCUGCAGAGCCUGCGCGCGUCGCUCGAGGAUCUGGGCUGGGCCAGCUGGGUGGUGGCGCCGCGCGAGCUGGACGUGCGCAUGUGCAUCGGCGCGUGCCCGAGCCAAUUCCGGUCGGCUAACACGCACGCGCAGAUGCAGGCGCGCCUGCAUGGCCUGAACCCCAACGCGGCUCCUGCGCCGUGUUGCGUGCCUGCCAGCUAUGAGCCGGUGGUGCUAAUGCACCAAGACAGUGAAGGCCGCGUGUCGCUCACGCCCUUCGACGACCUCGUGGCCAAGGACUGCCACUGUGUAUGAGUGUCCCCAGCCCUACACUAAGGGCGUGUGCGCAAUGGAAGUGACCUCAGUCGUCUUGGCCUGUCGAAUGGGCUCGUGGGGCCUGAAAUACCCAAUUCCUAACCACUGCUGUCUGCCCCCUCUGCUCCUUUCCACCCAAACCACUGUAUAUUUAUAUAAGUUUGUAUUUAUUAUUAAUUUAUUGGGAUGAUCUGCCUGGGGACUGGAGGGCUGGUCUGACAAGGUGUACAUUUAUUUAAAACUCUGGUAAUAAAAAUGAAGGUGUCUGACCUGAA